AUGGACAUUACCAAGUGUUACGAGUACUCCAUAUCGAGGGUGGCCGCCGCGGCUCGCAGCGAUCCUAGGAAGCGCCGAAGACGGCUUAUCCGCAGCGGUCUUAGUGUGCACCUUGCGGACAACCGAGGCUGGAGGGCCAUUCACGAGGCGGCCGCCGCCGGCAGGGUGGAUUGCCUCAAGGAUAUCCUGUCUGAGGCCGCUAUGACUGCCGGCUCGUCAUCAGGCUUCAAAGCGUACGUCAACUCCACCACCCACGAGGGCGAGACGGCCUGCUACCUGGCGGCCGAACAUGGCCACCUCCCCACCCUCCGCCUCCUCGUCAAAGCCGGAGCCGACAUCAACCAGCAGACAAACGAGCAUUUGUGUCCACUCUACGCAGCGGUCACUGACGGCAACAAGGACAUGGUGCAGGUUCUGUUGGCCAAGGGCGCAUUGGUGGACAGGCUGCACAGCAGGACGUGGCUUUAUGAAGCUGUCUACGUGAAUAACGUGGACAUUGUGCGCAUGUUGGUGACGCGGGCCAACCUGGAGGCAUGCGACGACAAGAAGAUCACGCCUCUCAUCCUGGCGGCACAGCAUGGACACCGUGAAUGUGUGGAAGUCCUGGUCCAAGCCGGUGCCGAUGUGAAUGCGCAGGACCGCGACUUGGCUACGCCGCUCUCUCUGGCUUCCCGGAGGGGUCACCUGGCCUGCGUGGAGUUUCUAUUGGAGCACGGCGCCGACCCCAACCUGAUUUGCAAAGAGGCAUGGCCGGAACUUGCCAUGCACGGCGCGGCGCAGUUCGGCCACCUCGAAAUCCUCAAGCGACUGGUCCCUGUGUCGGCGUGCUCGUCCGACCACCUCCCGGGCAACGUGAGCCCGCUCUACUAUGCCAUCGAAAGCCAAAAUGAGGACUGCGUAGACUACCUCCUUUCCGAGGGCUUCAACCCCGACGCGCAAGACUGCAGCGAAAUAUUAGGGGUUUACUCGCCGCUGCACUUAGUCUUACUGGAAGAAGACAGUUACGCGAUGGCGCCGAAGCUUCUGAUGGCAGGAGCGGCUCUGCGCAUAACUGAGUGGGGAUUCCUUCUGGCCGAAACCGACCUAGUCGAGCUGGUUCUGGACCUCAGGUGGCUUUACCCCCCGAGUUUCCCUGGCAACAAGGCCGACGAGAUUAAGAGUGUGUUGAGACCGGAGGAGUUCCAAGACAUGUGCGCGACGGCAUUGGCGCGACCGGAUUUAGCCCAGGAGUGGCUCCCACCUCUAAUAAGAGCGGGACUCGAUCCCUAUCUGAUGCUGCACACAGACAUACUGAUGGAAGCCAAAGGCAGCAUUGUUAACUUUCUGCUCCAGUUUGUCAACUGGUCAACCUUGACGUCGUCUUCCAAAGCUAUAUUGUGCCAUAGGCGAGCAGAAGGCACGUGGCAACCAUUCCCGCAAUUUGACUCCAUCCCUAACCUCUUGCACCUCUGCCGGCUGAAGCUCAGGUCGAUAAUGGGACCGGACUUGGUGUUGAAUUCGGACGUUGUGCAGAAGCUCCAUGUGCCCACAGAGCUUCACAGCUCCCUACAGUUUAAAGAUAUCCAGGUGGACAACACAGAGUUCUCUUAA